AUGACCAUCACCGACUUUGGCUGGGAGGAUGCCCUGCACACUGUGCGUGCAGGGAGGUCCUGUGCCAACCCCAACCUGGGCUUCCAGAGACAGCUCCAGGAGUUUGAGAAGCAUGAAGUCCACCAGUACCGGCAGUGGCUGAAGGAAGAAUAUGGAGAGAGCCCUUUGCGGGAUGUGGAAGAAGCCAAAAACAUUCUGGCCACUGCAGGAAUUCUGAAGCACUGGGCCUUUCUCAGAAUUCUGACUGUAAGGUACCUGAAGUUUCUGAAAUAUCACAAAGCCACAGAGUUUAGGCUGGUGCUGCCAAAAAGAAAAGCAACCUAGAGUUUAUUUUUAAGUAUCCAGAAGCGAUUUGUAAAUUUGGUUUUCAUUUUAAACUGAAAACAUGUGUAAUGAUGUUCUAUGUUGAGAACUAAAGAUACUCUUCCCCAAGA